GCAGUCUCGGUCUUCCUUUCGACAGAAGGGCAUAGAUCUUGCUCUGUCCACCUUACUCUAUAAAUUUAUAGGAGAAUAGACAGUCGGAAUUUCACGGUGAUCUUCCAAUUCCCUGAGUUUUAUCGACAGUAAAAAGAAAACUGAGAAAAAAACAACAACAAAUAGUAAAAUAACAGCCUCAACAGACUGCUAUCCUGUUAUUCAUAAUAAUGAAGUUUGUGCAUCCCGAGAUCUAAGUUACAACAAUGGGAGAAAACUCAUCCUAUCAAGUUCGACUGGUGGUGCUGGGGGGAACGGGAGUAGGAAAAUCGUGCAUCAUCAAGAGGUUCCUGUUUAACACCUUCACUGAGAGACAUUGUCCCACUGUGGAGGACAUGCACUACAGAGAAUUUGACCUGGGUAACACGACUCUGAAGGUGGACUUUCUGGACACUGCCGGUGACAUGCAGUUUCCAGCCAUGCGACGACUUUCCAUAGCCAAUGCGCAAGCUUUCCUUCUGGUGUACACCAUAGACAGUAAGACUUCCUUCGAAACCCUGAAGAAGUGCUUUGAAGAGAUUCGGGAACAGCGGAAAGACUUCCAAGAGAUACCCAUCAUUGUAGUUGGAAAUAAAGCAGACGUGACCAGCGAACGUCGUGAGCUGCUUAAGGAAGACGUGGCUGAGUGGGUUUUCUGUGAACUCCCUCGACUUCGGGUCAAAGUCUUGGAAUGUUCUGCAAAAGAUAACGUCAACACGAAAGAAAUUUUUCGAUCUUUCCUUAUUUUGGCUAAAAUACCUUUCCAGUCAGAUUCGUCAGGUUUGUGCCGUCGCUCCAGUGCACACGCGUCUUGUUCAAAAGCCACAGGCUCGGAAGAAGGGCAUAAAAAAAACGCACCACGCAGUCGUAGUUUGAUUCGUCGUGUAAGCAAGAAAGUAUCUAAAAUGCGAGAGAAUGUCCCCAGUGAUAAUGAAACAAACGAUUGUGUGUUAUCAUGAACGAAAAUACUUCGUUCCUGAAUCGUUUUGUAAUGUGUUGUGUAAUUGGUCGAAUUAUUAUGUUUUAUUCAGUAGACAUUAACCACUCUUCUGCCAAAUCCCACGCAAGAGCCGACCCUACUACCGGGAAUUAUCUGGCUGUGCUUGCUUAUGAUUCACUGUUGCAACUUAAUGCUUAAUGUGGAGGGAAGAGAAAACCUUACAUAUCAAAAAUUGAGAUUAUUAACGUCCAAAGAUCGUUGUCUAAUGGCAUUAUAUUUAAAAGUAGAAGCUUUAGUGUGUGCACAACCAUAUAUCUUUUUAUUAAUUUAGAAGUAAUAAGUUUUCCUAAUGUUUUGGCGUAAAAUAAUUAUUGUACUUGUUAACGAUAUAUACAAUAUAUAUGUAUAUGAAACUUGAUGGAUGGUUUCUAUUUAUUAAGCUUAAUUUCAAAAGCAUCAAAUUACACGUUUUGAAAAUAUUUUAAAUCACUUCUAUAACUAACAAACACAAUAUUACCGUCAAUUACCACAAUAUAAACUUGUAAUAUCACAAACCAAAUAACACAGCUGUGAAUUUAGUUUGACUAUUAUGCUUGAAUUGGAUAUUUGUGGUACAGACAUAUUUCUCCAGUUAAACAAAUAAGUAGAAUGUGAUCUAGGUUAAAUAUAGUCCGUUAAACAAAAAAGUAAAAUGUGAUCUAGGUUAAAUAUAGUCCGUUAAACAAAAAAGUAAAAUGUGAUCUAGGUUAAAUAUAGUCCGUUAAACAAAAAAGUAAAAUGUGAUCUAGGUUAAAUAUAGUCCGUUAAACAAAAAAGUAAAAUGUGAUCUAGGUUAAAUAUAGUCCGUUAAACAAAAAAAGUAAAAUGUGAUCUAGGUUAAAUAUAGUCCGUUAAACAAAAAAGUAAAG